CCCGCCCGCCCGCAGCCGCAGGCCUCCCGCCCGCAGGCCACCUUCCCUCCUAAACCCUAGCCGCCUCUCCCCUGCCCUCCCCUCCCCGCUCCUCUGUUCUUCGCGCCCCCGGCGACGCCGUCCGUAUCGGCGUGCAGCGGGGAUUCGUCCAGGCCUGGAUUGAUUUCCCUGUGCGAGUUGUAUAUCAUGAAUAACUGCUUGGAGGAUGUUUGCCCUGCUUUAGCUUUGUCUGGUUGCCCAGAUGCAUUGGAUGAAUUAGUUCUUUAACUGAUAUCUUGGAUUGCUGGAUAGGGCAUUUGCUACAGCCAUGGAUAUAACUCAGAUUCUGCUAGCUGCUCAAUCUCCGGAUGCUAAUCUUCGAACAGUAGCAGAAAGCAAUCUCAAGCAGUUCCAGGAGCAGAAUCUUCCUAACUUCCUCCUCUCCUUAUCAGUAGAGCUCUCUAAUGAUGAAAAACCCCCAGAGUCUAGAAGGCUUGCUGGUAUUAUCCUUAAGAAUUCUUUGGAUGCAAAGGAUUCUGCAAAAAAGGAGCUACUGACUCAGCAAUGGGUCAGCAUGGAUCCAUCUAUCAAAUUGAAGAUCAAGGAGUCGUUGCUGGUAACACUAGGAUCUUCGGUGCAUGAUGCAAGACAUACCACAUCACAAGUCAUCGCCAAAGUUGCGUCAGUUGAGAUACCACGUCGAGAAUGGCAAGACCUCAUUGCCAAAUUACUGGGGAACAUGACAUCACCGUCUGCAUAUGCUCCUUUGAAGCAAGCAACUCUAGAGGCACUGGGGUAUGUAUGCGAGGAGAUUUCUCCGCAGCACUUGGAGCAGGAUCAAGUGAAUGCUGUUCUGACAGCUGUGGUCCAGGGAAUGAACCAGACAGAGCUCAGCUUUGAAGUCCGUCAUGCUGCAGUUAAAGCCCUUUAUAAUGCUCUUGACUUUGCUGAGAGUAACUUUGCAAAUGAAAUGGAGAGGAAUUAUAUAAUGAAGGUGGUUUGUGAUACUGGUGUGUCUAAAGAAGUGGAGAUCAGACAGGCGGCAUUUGAAUGCCUUGUUGCAAUUGCAUCCAUAUAUUAUUCGCACCUAGAUCCUUAUAUGCAGACCAUAUUCAAUCUGACAGCUAAUGCAGUGAAAGGAGAUGAGGAAUCGGUUGCACUUCAAGCUGUUGAGUUCUGGAGUGCUAUUUGUGAUGAAGAGAUUGCACUCCAAGAUGAAUACGAGGGAUCUGAUGAUGGCAACUCUACUGUGCAUUUCCACUUUAUAGAAAAGGCCCUCCCUUCACUUGUUCCUAUGUUGCUAGAAACUCUAUUGAAGCAAGAGGAAGAUCAAGAUCAAGAUGAUAAUGUAUGGAAUAUUUCUAUGAGUGGUGGGACGUGCCUUGGACUCAUUGCUAGAACUGUUGGUGAUGCAAUCGUCCCUCUUGUGAUGCCGUUUGUUGAGGCCAACAUCACGAAGCCUGAUUGGCAUUGUCGUGAGGCAGCUACCUUUGCAUUUGGUUCUAUCCUUGAAGGCCCCUCUGUUGAAAAGCUUGUUCCGCUGGUCCAGGCUGGUCUUGAUUUCUUGCUCAACACAAUGAAUGAUUCAAAUAGCCAGGUAAAAGAUACUACUGCUUGGACUCUUGGGAGGGUAUUCGAGCUCUUGCAUUCCCCAGCUGGUGCAAACCCAAUCAUAAAUAAUUCAAACCUUCCUCGAAUCAUGGCUGUGUUGCUUGAGAGUAGUAAAGAUGUUCCAAAUGUGGCUGAGAAAGUCUGUGGAGCUAUUUAUUUUCUGGCCCAAGGUUAUGAAGAUGUAGAAUCCAUGUCUUCUGUGCUCACACCUUAUCUGCCUAAUGUCAUUGCUGCUCUUCUUUCUGCUGCGGAUCGUGCUGAUACCACCCAUUUCAGGCUUCGUGCUUCUGCUUAUGAAGCACUGAAUGAGAUCGUGAGAGUUAGCAACAUACCUGAAACUUCAGGCAUUAUAGGCCAGUUAUUGCAGGAGAUCAUGAGAAGAUUAGACCUUACAUUUGAUCUCCAGAUACUCUCUUCUGGUGACAAAGAGAAGCAAAGCGAUCUGCAGGCUUUGCUGUGUGGUGUACUGCAGGUCAUCAUCCAGAAACUGAGCAGCACAGAUUCAAAGUCCAUAAUCACCCAGACUGCUGACCAGCUGAUGCUUUUGUUUCUGCGUGUCUUUGCCUGCCACAGUUCUACGGUGCAUGAAGAAGCAAUGCUUGCAAUUGGUGCUCUUGCAUAUGCUACUGGUUCAGAUUUUCUGAAAUACAUGCCUCAGUUCUUCACAUACCUGGAAGCUGGCUUGCAUAAUUAUGAAGAGUACCAAGUGUGCUCCAUCUCUGUAGGGGCGUUGGGUGAUAUUUGUCGUGCCUUGGAAGAUAAAAUUCUGCCCUUCUGUGAUAGAAUUAUGACUGUUCUUCUCAAGGACCUAUCAAACUCUAUGCUCAAUCGGUCUGUGAAGCCUUUGAUUUUCUCAUGCUUUGGAGACAUUGCUCUUGCUAUUGGUGAGAAUUUUGAGAAAUACCUGCCAUAUUCUAUGCCGAUGCUUCAGGGAGCUGCGGAACUCCUUGGUACUCUUGAUCAGAGUGAUGAUGACAUGGUUGAUUAUGGCAACCAGCUCAGACGGGGCAUUUUUGAGGCAUACUCUGGUAUACUCCAGGGUAUCAAGGGCCCAAAAGCUCAGCUGAUGAUUCCAUACGCAGCCCAUCUACUGCAGUUUACCGAAGCUGUCUUCAAAGAUAGGAGCAGGGAUGAGAGUGUGACAAAGGCUGCAGUUGCUGUCCUUGGGGAUCUUGCGGACACACUUGGCGCAAGUUCGAAGGAUAUGUUCCAGACCAACCUCUUCCAUGUUGAGUUCUUGAGGGAGUGCAUCGACUCAGACGAUGAAGUUCGGGAGACUGCAUCUUGGGCCCAGGGGAUGAUAAACCAAGUGGUGGUCUCGUAAUGUGAGAUAGUUUCAUCUUGUUGGUUAGAGGUUUUUGUGGCUGUGCCAAGUCCAUUUGCCAAUAUAUAUGUAGUGCCAGUCUUAGGAUCCUUGUAGGCAUCUGUGCAUUGUUGUCGAUCUUUCGAGCUGUCGUGACUCACAUUAGACCUGUUGGAUUCUGUCUGUCGGUGUCUUGAACAGCAAAACUUCUUUCAUUUGUCUUAUUGCUGGUAUUAUUCA